AUGUCGUCCAUUGGUGGUUUUAAGCGCCGUACCCCCAAAACACUAAAGACACGCCGGGCACUAAAGAAGUAUGAGCCCAAGGUGGUUGAGAACCCUAAGAAGGUACUGUACCUGAGAGGGGCCCGCACGAGCAGUGUAGUGAAUGACGCGAUGACUGAUCUCUUCGCCAUCACCAAACCCCACUGCAAGAAGCUAAAGAAACGGAAUGCGUUUCAUCCCUUUGAGAGCCGUGAGCACUUGGAGUUCCUCGGUUUUAAGAACGACUGUUCACUCUUUUGCUUUACCAGUGACAGUAAGAAGCGACCACACAACAUUGUGAUUGGCAGACAGUUCGACUUCCACGUUCUUGACAUGGUGGAGCUUGGCAUUUUGGCGGCUGAUCGCCUCGACAUGUCGCAGGCAAAGGGCCUGGAUGUCGCCGCACUUGGCGGAAAGCCGUUCUUUGUGUUUGAGGGGAGUGAAUUUGACAGUGACCCGACGUUUGUGCGGCUUAAGAGUCUGUUGAUUGAUUUCUUCCGUGGUGGGACGGAGGCGGAGAUAAACCUUGAUGGUUGUGACCGCGUUCUGGCAUUUUCUCUCCGCUCGCAGAACGGUGAAGAUGCCUGCAUUGCACCAUCAACGGAUUGCUACAGCAGCAGUAAUAAUAGCAGCAGUAGACCGCAGCGUGAGCGUGGGAAUACUGUGCUCUGCAUGCGACACUACGCACUACAAAAACCACCAACAGUGGGUGGCAUGCCAAAGAGUCUCGCCAACAAUGUGCAGUUAAUGGACAUUGGGCCAAACUUUGACUUCCUCAUGGGACGCGCUUCCUUCGCCACACCAGCAGAAUUCAAGGUCGCAACAAGACUGCCGAAGGAGGUUCUGGCAACAAUGCGCUCCACCGCCGCGAAUGUCAGCACAGAUGCAAUGGGCAAUCUCCGUGGACAGCUCCACGUUGGUAAACAAGAUGUGGAUCAGCUCAAUCUCCGUCGCUUUAAGGCGCACAGAAAAACACGGCGUGGUGGUGAUGAUGAUGGUGAUGCGGGUGACGAUGACACGACUGGAAUGGUCGCUGGUGGGGUGAUGGGAGAUGAUGACAACGAAGUGCCGCGUAAACGUCAUCGCCGUCGCCGACGUACUGCUGCUGACGAUACGGAAGAAGGUGCGAGGCCGGAAACAGAUAUAUGA